GUCCCUAUGUGGUCUUCCCUGAGAAGAAAACAAAAUGGCGACGCCCAGACGACUUGUACCGAUGGCAGUGACACCGAGGUCCUUCCAGGCCGUGUACGGCGUCGACGUCGAUCUGAUGGCGACUCUUUCGGAAGAAGAAGUCCGCUGCCUUCUGCCUUGCCUGGUUAGGAUGUCGCUGUGCGCGGCAAUGGACGGCAGUGAGCGCUGGGCGCAGAACCGAAAAACUAUCCUGAAGCUCCUGUCUUCGCACGAACCCGUAAAUUCAAUCGUUGCGCUUUUGUCCGUGGACUUCCACGCGUUGGAGCAGGAUGCAAGAAAAGAGCAAGCAAUCAGGUCCAAGUUAGGAGGGUCAGAGCUAGAGAGUGCCCUAACGUCCCAGGCAGGACUGGCUUUGGAGUUUGAACGCAGCGACGCUGCCAGCCGUCUCCGACUGGUGCUGAGGGAGCUGCUCAUUCUCAUGGGGCUGGCGGAGAGCUCAGAAGCAAAGUUCUAUGUGCGUCCCUGUGAACUGUUUGAGAGUCAGUCCCAUCUAGAAGAAAUAGCAGAUGUGUUGUGUGUGGCACAGGCUGAACUUCCUACCCUCCUGCCCAUCAGUAAAGUAGCAGAGGGGCUACUCAGAGUGAAGAAUGGACUGUGGCUGUUGGGUAGACUGGUUGCCAAUGCACCAGACAGCUUCCAUGAAGUGUGCCUUUCCCUGGUUUCUAAGGCCCAGCACCUGGAAGAUGACAGCAUGGAAGGCAGGCGCAGAACAGCUGUGCUGAGACAGCUGCUGGUCAUGCACCCUUCACAUGCAGCCACUGUCCGAGGCAUGCUGGUGGAACACUGCGCCCUUCCUGACCUUGCGGUGACCUUGACCCUUGACCACCUCAGCCCGACUUCCUCGGACGUGUGUAGCGAGGUUGUGGCGUUUGUGAGCGGGGUACUGCUGGGCAGUGACAGCAGGGUUAGGGCCUGGCUAGCUGCCUUCCUCAGAAACGCACAGAAGCACUCCAGAGGUUGGAAUGCUUCAGUGGUUCAGAGACUGCGGAAGACCCUGCUGCAGCAGCUGAAGUCCAUCCUGCCCUGCAGGGGAUCCGGAGAUGACUGCAUCCCCAGCCAGAGAGCCGUCCAGGCCAGCGCUCUGCUCAGGCUCUACUGUGCACUGAAGGGGAUAGCUGGGCUAAAACUGAGUGAGGAGGAAUCGCAGUGCCUGUUGAACGUGAUCACCAGCCCUGUACCACGGGUGCCCGCAGGUGACCGGUUACAGUGCCUGUCUCUGUGUGCCCUGCUGGCCUCUCCACACCUACUGAUGGGCCUGGAACAGGAAAAACAGGCAGCCGAAUGGCUCAAACAACUGGUCAAGGAGACAGCUAGUCUGCCACAAGGCAGUGCCUCCUGUGGAGAGACUCUACUGCUGGUGGCCUUGCACUUCCACAGCAAUCAGAUAGGGGCCAUCACUGACCUGGUGUCCAACACUCUUGGGAUGAAGAUCUCAAGCAGAAACUCCCUGGCCAGAUUGAAGACAAUCUUCACUCAAGAAGUUUUUCCUGAACAGGUUAUCACAGCCCAUGCUGUGACUGUUCCUGUCACCCCCAGUCUGAGUGCCCACAACACUGGCUACCUCCCCAUCCACUGUAUCCUGCAGCUGCUCAGGACUCGAGCCUUCAGCAAGCACAGCAUCAAGAUCAAGGACUGGGUUGUCCACCAAGUUUACGAGGCAAGUGCCCCCCUCCAUCCCCUUCUACCCCCCCUCAUCGAAACCUACGUCAACACCGUCUUCACCCCCGGAGCCAAGGGGGCAACCAGCGAACCAAUCGCGUUAGCGGAGAUUGACGUCAUCUUUCCCGGUGAAGACGUCAUGGCAACGGAUACUAAACAGUGGAGCGUUGGCACGCGACUGCUGAUGCUGUACUACCUACUGUUGUAUCGGGAUCACUGGUUACAGAACUGUCGCGCUGGAAGCAUGAAGGUGCCGCAGGAGUAUCCCAGAAUGCUCUACACCAGGCUACCCAUCAUGCAACUGCUGCAGGAAGCUCAUCGGAACCAACAAGACUACCUAGGUCUGUACCCAUCUUUGUUGCGAUUGCUGGUGACCCAUUUCCCCCAUCUGUGCCUGGUGUCUGCCUGGCUCCAAGCAGACGUAGAGUCCCUGGGUGUGGGACCACUCCUCAAACUCAGGAUGCCAUCACAGGAGCAGCUACAGCAAGCCCUGUCAGAAGUGUUUGUGAACCCGAGCAGAACCAUGCUGCUGCUGCAGCAGUUGUCUCAGCUGCAGCCGCUGCAGCAGAUGCAGUAUGCCGCAGCCCUGGUCAGCACCCUGCCCCUGUACCUACAGCAGCCGGUACCCAGGAAAGUCUGGCAGCUGGUGGGCCAAAUCUGGGAGAGCCUCAAUACUAUUAUGCCCAGAAGACUGCGAACACUGACAGUCAACGCUAUGCAGAUCAGACAGAUGGGGAUGCCGGCCAGAGCACUGACUCAUGAUGACAUAGCGGAAGACCCUCUGGCUGUCCUAAGAUGUGAGCCAAGUGUCUUCAGGUGCCCUCCACUGGUGGGGAUUAUGCUCCAGGUGCUCCAUGCCUACCUGUCCAUGUCAGGCUCCUACCUGGACGCACACCUGGCAUCCACAGCGCAGGUGCAGAGGGAGAAGGGUACAGGUGCUGGAACAGGUGAAACAGAGAGGGAGGAGCUAAAGUCAGCCCUGCUCAUGGCCCAGGACAGCGCUGUGGUACAGAUACUGCUGGACAUGUGUACAGCAGACAAGGACAAGGACCAUGGCUGGAGCCUGGGUGAGCUCCGUGAGAUCAGAUGUCUGGUCUGUAGUCUGCUACACCAGAUGUUCAUCUCCAACCCCAACCUGGCCAAACUUACACACUUCCAGGGUUACCCUACAGAGUUGUUACCAGUGACAGUAGCAGGAGUCCCUUCCAUGCACAUCUGUAUGGACUUCAUCCCAGAACUACUAUCUCAGCCACAGUUGGAGAAACAGAUAUUUGGUAUCCAGCUGACCUCCCAUCUAGCCCACCAGUUUGCCCUGCCCCGUAUGCUCAGUCUGGCACGGUUAGCCGUCAACGUCGCCUCAACACUCAUGACAGUUCUGCCCAGUGAUUCCCGACAGAAGUUCUGCCUGGCCACGUUACCUGCCCUGGUGCGUAUCUGCCGUGCUUUCCCUCCCCUAACCCAGGACGUGGUGUCCAUGUUACUACAGCUGGCACAGAUCACAGCUUCAUACAGUCCUGGGAGCACCUCGCCACAGUCUGUGGAUGACACAUCAUGGGAACAGCUGGAAAGCGGUCAGAGGGCAGGCCAAGGUCAACAUGCCACCCUGGAUACAGCAAUACACUGUGCUGUCACACAGCUUAUUGCUGUGAAUAUAUGAGGCUGGGUCCUAUUAUCAUGUACAGCAUAGUGAAUUGUCUCUCUGUAAAGUAAGGAAGGCAAAACAUAUGUGUAGUCUUAAAAAGUUGUACAAAUUUUGUAUCUUUGUAGCACAGGAAACAGCAAAUUAAAGUUAGUUUG